AUGGGUUUCCCAAAGAAAAAACCUCCUCCAAUAGGCAUUCUCCAUUCGGCUUCAGAUUGGACAGUUAUGUGUGAUCUUGAUACAACAUUAAUAAUACCACCUGAUGUAGUUGUUACUCAACUUAGGCCUGAUAUUGUGUUACUUUCUCGUAUGACAAAUGCAGUGAUAGUUAUAGAGUUGACAUGUCCUUGUGAAGAAAAUAUGGAGAAAUGGCAUGACACGAAAACUGAUAAAUACUCUCUGUUAUUGCGGACAAUACAAGUUAAUGGUUGGGCAGUUCACUUCUUCGCAGUUGAAAUUGGCGCUCGUGUGUACUGUUCAGAUUCUGUGCGUACUUGUUUACGUCGUCUAGGUUUUCCACCCAAGUUAAUUCGUUGCACUCUAAAAUUACUUGGUUUUAUUGCAAUGAAAUGUUCCUUCCAUAUUUGGUUGGCCAGAGAUUCAAAACCUUGGGAAACGCGUACUACAACAACAGACAGUUUCCCUGAAAGCAAGUCACCUUUCAAAUUUGCCAAAAGCAAAUCGCCAGUCCACAUAACUGACAGGAAAAUGACAUCACCAGGGUCAACAAAAGAGUUAAUGCUUCAAACAGUGGAAUAA